CCUUGUGCUGGGCAGCUUAUAAGGCCUGGUGUGAGUUUUGUUUAUGUGAGGACAGUCUAAAAGGAACAAACCACUAGCACCCAGGCAGUUGCCACUUGAAUCCUUUUGCAUACAUUUUUCAAAUGAUAAUUUACUCUACCCACCCUCCCUACACACACCCCCAAGGCCACAUUAUUGAAAAAAAACACCUUAUAUGGUAAUAUUGCUACCACACCGUCAGCUGGCCUUUUUAGGGACUCUGUUUAAAGAAGAUCCGCCUCUGGGGUUUUAUAUUGCUCUGGUACUUCUGCCAAAGACACAGCGGCCCUCAGUCCUUGGAGAAGGACCUCUCACUCCCUUGGUGCUCCAGCCCCCAGUUCACUCAGCCACACCCGCCAUGUGUGAAGAGGAAUCUACUGCACUUGUGUGUGACAAUGGCUCUGGCCUGUGCAAGGCAGGGUUUGCAGGAGAUGAUGCCCCCCGGGCUGUCUUCCCCUCCAUCGUGGGCCGUCCUCGCCACCAGGGUGUGAUGGUAGGAAUGGGCCAGAAAGACAGCUACGUUGGGGAUGAGGCUCAGAGCAAGCGAGGGAUCCUAACUCUCAAAUAUCCCAUUGAACAUGGCAUCAUCACCAACUGGGAUGACAUGGAGAAGAUCUGGCACCACUCCUUCUAUAAUGAAUUGCGGGUAGCACCAGAAGAACAUCCCACCCUGCUCACAGAGGCUCCACUCAAUCCCAAGGCCAACAGGGAGAAGAUGACCCAGAUCAUGUUUGAAACCUUUAAUGUCCCUGCCAUGUAUGUUGCCAUUCAAGCUGUGCUCUCCCUCUAUGCAUCUGGUCGCACUACAGGCAUUGUUCUGGAUUCAGGAGAUGGUGUCACCCAUAAUGUCCCCAUCUAUGAGGGCUAUGCACUGCCCCAUGCCAUCAUGCGUCUUGACCUGGCUGGCCGUGACCUGACAGACUACCUCAUGAAAAUCCUCACAGAGAGAGGCUAUUCCUUUGUGACCACAGCUGAGCGAGAAAUUGUGCGAGACAUCAAAGAGAAACUGUGCUAUGUGGCCCUGGACUUUGAGAACGAGAUGGCCACAGCAGCUUCAUCUUCCUCCCUGGAGAAGAGCUAUGAGCUGCCGGAUGGGCAGGUCAUCACUAUUGGCAAUGAGCGCUUCCGCUGCCCAGAGACCCUCUUCCAGCCUUCCUUCAUUGGCAUGGAGUCUGCUGGAAUUCAUGAGACAACCUACAAUUCCAUUAUGAAGUGUGACAUAGACAUCCGUAAGGAUUUGUAUGCUAACAAUGUGCUCUCUGGGGGUACCACCAUGUACCCUGGCAUUGCUGACAGGAUGCAGAAGGAGAUCACAGCCUUGGCCCCCAGUACCAUGAAGAUCAAGAUCAUUGCUCCUCCAGAGCGCAAGUACUCAGUCUGGAUUGGAGGCUCCAUCCUGGCUUCUCUCUCCACCUUUCAGCAGAUGUGGAUCAGCAAGCCCGAGUAUGAUGAGGCAGGGCCCUCCAUUGUCCACAGGAAGUGUUUCUAAAGUCAAAAGGGAUUUUCUGAGGAUCCUCUUAAAACUGCUAUUAUCAGUCAUGAAACAUUAAAACCUGCAAGCCUUA